AUGGUUCACCAACACGGCGACGAGCAUGACAUCCCUGAGGAGCACCACGUGCAGAGGCGCGGUGCCUGGCUCCCGGCCGACCACCGCGUGCAGCACGACUGGAUGCAGAAGCAGAUCGACCAUGUCGACAAGCAUGGCAGCAAGGAACUGAUCCCCGUUCUCCAGGAGUUCAAGGAGCUCAUUGAGGGGAACACUCGGUUGUACAUGUUGUUCAACCAGAUGUGGGAGGAGAUCCCCAUGAAGAAGCCCUACUACCAGGACCCCACGGGAAGCAAGAAGCAGAUCCGUGAUUACAGACACAUGCUCGCCAUGCUCAACCACAUCUUCACCCAGGCACCCCAGUGGAGCGACGCUGCGUUUGGUGUGGGUAUGGUCGGUGUGCCCAUGGUGUCGAUAUUCGACUACGCCAUGGCGACGCCCAGCGGUCAUGCGGCAUUCCUAGACCCCGACGUCAACAAGAUUUUGAAGAAGGUCCUGAACGAAUGGGGAAAGUUCUUGAAGUCACCGAAAUCCGCCGAAGUGCUUGCCAACCACAAGCAAGGCUGGUUCUCCGAGCACGGCAAGAAGGACUUGAUGGAGGUGGCCAACGCGCCGCUCAAGACAUCGCAUAACUUUGAGGACAUGUAUAUCUGUGACCCCAAUGCCAAGCACUACGGCUACACUUCCUGGGACGACUUCUUCACGCGCCCACUCCGCGAAGGCGUGCGUCCGGUCGCCUCCCCCGAGGACGACAACGUCAUCGCCAACGCCUGCGAGUCCAAGCCGUACAACGUGGCGCGCCACGCCAAGCUACGUGACAAGUUCUGGAUCAAGGGCCAGCCGUACUCCAUUCUGGACAUGCUAGGCCACGACUCGCUGGCUGCCCAGUUCGACGGCGCAACCAUAUACCAGGCCUUCCUGUCCGCUCUGUCAUACCACCGCUGGCACGCCCCCGUGAGCGGCAAGAUCGUCAAGUCCUUCGUCCGCGACGGCACCUACUUCAGCGAGCCCCUAUUCGAGGGUCUGGGCGACCCGAACACAAAGGAGAUUGACGUCAAGGGCAUCAGCGUGGCGCAGGGCUACCUCACCGCCCUCGCCACCCGGGCCGUCAUCUUCAUCCAGGCCGACAAUCCCGCCAUCGGGCUGAUGGCCUUCAUCGGCGUGGGCAUGGACGAGGUCAGCACGUGCGAUAUCACGGUCCAGCAGGGCCAGUACGUCAAGAAGGGCGAUCAGCUGGGCAUGUUCCACUUCGGUGGCUCGUCCCAUUGCCUGUUGUUCCGCGACGGCGUCAAGGUCGAUGGGUUCCCCAAGCUGGACUCGGCUACUAAUGUGCCCGUUCGGAGCAAGGUGGCUGAGGUCAAGAAGUGA